GGCGGUUAGUGCCCUCCAGGACACCACGUGAUCCUCCUCAGUAGUUCCCAGGCGGCGCACGGGUGAGCUUGAGGUGUGACGGGUUUUCUGCUCCUCUCAGUGCAGACUAUGAAUCAGCGGGUCGGUUUGUUUGUUCUCCUGGCGGCGGGCCUCCUCUGCCUCAGUUUGGCCCCCGUCUCUCGGGCUGACGAUCUGGUCGAAGACGGUCUGGAUGGCGACGAUGCCGACGUGGAGGACGAAAUGGACCUGAGCUUGGCUGAGGACGAGGAUCUGGAGGACGACGUGCAAGAUGAUGCUCCACCUGCUCCUAAAACCCCUCCCAGUCCACAGGUGACCUACAAAGCUCCUGAGCCGAAGGGGGAACACUUCAUUGCAGAGUCUUUUGAUAAGGGGACACUGGAUGGGUGGAUUCUGUCCAACGCCAAGAAGGAUGAUGCAGACGAAGAGAUCGCGAAGUACGACGGUAAAUGGGCUGUGGAGGAGAUGAAAGACAGUAAGCUGCCUGGCGACAAAGGUCUGGUCCUGAAGUCUCGAGCCAAACAUCAUGCCAUCUCAGCCCACCUGCUGCGACCUUUCACCUUUGAAAGCAUGCCCCUUGUCAUCCAGUAUGAGGUGAACUUCCAGUCGGGUAUCGACUGCGGUGGCGCCUACGUAAAGCUGCUGACUGAGACGCCCGACCUCGACCUGGACCAGUUUGUGGAUAAAACUCCGUACACCAUCAUGUUUGGACCCGACAAAUGUGGAGAAGACUACAAGCUGCACUUCAUCUUCAGGCACAAAAACCCCAAAACCGGAGAGUACGAAGAGAAACACGCUAAGAAACCCGACGCCGACCUGAGGACAUACUUUACCGACAAGAAGACUCACCUGUACACGCUGGUGGUGAACUCUGACAACAGCUUUGAGGUGUUGGUGGAUCAGACGGUCGUGAACAGCGGCAACCUGCUGACGGACAUGACCCCUGCUGUGAACCCCCCCGCUGAGAUCGAGGACCCUGAUGACCACAAACCUGAGGACUGGGAUGAGAGGCCCAAGAUCCAGGACCCGGACUCCGUCAAACCCGAGGACUGGGAUGAAGACGCUCCGGCUCAGAUUCCAGAUGAAUCUGCAGUGAAACCCGACGGCUGGCUGGACGAUGAGCCCGAGUAUAUCGGAGACCCUGACGCCAUCAAACCUGAAGACUGGGAUGAGGACAUGGACGGAGAGUGGGAGGCCCCUCAGAUCCCUAACCCCGCCUGUGAGACCGCCCCCGGCUGCGGCACCUGGAAACGGCCAAUGAUCGACAACCCCAACUACAAGGGCAAAUGGAAGCCCCCCAUGAUUGAUAACCCCAACUAUCAGGGCGUCUGGAAGCCGAGGAAGAUCCCCAACCCGGCGUACUUUGAGGACCUUCACCCCUACAAGAUGUCACCGUUCAGCGCCCUGGGGCUUGAACUCUGGUCCAUGACCCCUGACAUCUUCUUUGACAACUUCUUCAUCACCAAUGAUCGCAACGCUGCAGAACGCUGGGCCUCUGAUAGCUGGGGGCUGAAGAAGGCAGCAGAGGGCGCCGCUGAGCCUGGGCUGGCAGCUCAGAUGCUAAGCGCUGCAGAGGAGCGUCCGUGGCUCUGGGUCGUCUACGUGCUCACCGUAGCUCUGCCGCUCAUACUUAUCUUCGUCUUCUGCUGCACUGGAAAGAGGUCGUCAGGAUCAGCUCAGGGUCACUUGAGUCUCACCAGCUUGCAGAAAGAGUUUAAUGAUGCUGGACGCCCUAACCACGCUGCCACCACCUCCUCCGGCCCGAAGAAGAGUUCGGUGUCGCCGGCAGAGUACAAGAAGACCGACGAACCUCAGCCUGAUGUGAAGGAGGAGGAGGAAGAGGAGGAGGAAGCCGAGGAGGCUCCGAAGGCUGAGAAGAGCAGCCUAGACACAGAAAAGAGUGAAGAUGAAGAACCUGCAGAGGAAGAGGAGGAUGAAGAAAAAGAGAACACAGCUGAUGAGAAGCUCGAGGACGAUGUUCUGCGGAGAUCCCCGAGGAGCAGGAAGCCCAGGAAGGAGUGAAAUCUGACUGCAGCCCUGACCUCAACAGCUCACCCCCUUCAUCCCUCCUCCCUCUCCCCUUCCUCCUCCUCCUCCUCAUUCUUCUUCCCGUCCACUCUGAGGCGAUGAGGCCUGAAUGGAACCAGUGGAAGCAGCAACGGGAAACUAAUCAAGACCUCCAACAUGGACACCUGAUGAUAAUGAUGAUAAUAAUGAUUAUGUGUAUGAACAGCACAGAGUUAGAUUCAAAGGAUUUUUGUUUUUCAAAGAGAUUUACUAAAACUUGCUGCGUCAUUCCUUCACAACACCUGAACACUCGAACCUGCAGGACCAACAUCCUGUCCACCGCCAUUGCCACCCUCAGAGAGCCCGCUUGAGGCUGUUUUUGUUGAGCUUCCAGCAGUCUCUAGCCUUCCAGCAGCCAAAACAUAAGUCAGGUCAAACAGUCUCCAGGUAACCAGGGUGUUAAACAGCCAAUGAGAACACUCUAAAUCGGUCCCUGGAGGGGCUUAGCCCAGCAUCAUCCUGCUUGAGCCGCCGUGAUCCUGCUGCCUUGUGUUGUCGCAGUCUGGGUGAAAACACCUGCUGACCCGACACCAACAGUCAGGAUGACUUUAAAAUCUUUUGACCAACCGGAAGUCUUCCUCAUUCUUUAAAGAGCUUAUAAACAGUUGGCUAAUCUAAUAUGUCGUCAUCUAGCUAACACAAUGUAACUUGCUAGCUAGACUAACCGUUACCAACAGUCAGUGAGUAAGCAUCGAAAAAGCCCAAUUAGCUUACCAACAUGCUGCUAAUUAGCUUUGGGAUCAGCUUGCCAUCAUUGUUCGGGUUUUGUUUUGUUUUUAAAUUUGAUCCACCAGGCUGCUAAUGAAUGCUACAACAAACUUAGCAACCGUACCUGUGUUAGCAAACCUAUAAGCUAACAGCUUGUUUAUUACAGUAAAUCAGCCUGUUGGUGGUUAUCCUACUAACAACCACAGUUUCCUGCUGGCUAAUCGGUCGAGCUGGGGAUGUUAUCCAGAAACUACUAGGCUGUUUCUUCACCCUCCUUAAACCUGGUGUUAGCUAGGUGCUAGUAAAGCUAGUGAGCUGUGUGGCGCUAUAACAGUCAGCCCACCAAUGCUUACAGCAGCUAGCUGCUAACAGCUUGUGGAGUUCGUUGAUUAGCUAUCAGUCAUGCUAACGUCUGAAAUAAUAAACUGGUAACACCUUUUCUUCCAUUUUUCGUCUUUGUUUUUCUUAUGUAAAUGUUAGCAUAUGUUAGGUCGUCUAAUUUUUAAAAAAGGUCAAAGGUCACGUACGUGCAACAGUCUGCUGAUCUCGGGUAUGAUAGUUGUGUGAAUGAAGGUUCAGCUCAUACACACACAAAAACUCUUUAAAAUUAAGUUGUUUUGUUUUGUUUGUUGUUGUUUUUUGUUAUAACAGCGGCGCUCUCUGAACAUUUGAACAACACAAAAACACUACCGCAAUGAGGUGCUUAACAUCUCAGCUGUCCAUCUGUAGAGUCAACCCGCCUGGUGGUCGUUUUCAGGGUGUGGAGCAUAGGCGUGGCUCAAAGCUCAGGUGGUGUGAGUAAGUGGACCUGUGAGCUGAAGCAGUUGCCAUGUGUGACCACAGGUGGGGCCAAAUUCAGAACCAAUACCCCUGGAAGAUAAUCACGUGACCUCAGCAUCAGGCUGGGAAAAUGCCUGGUGUCCGUCCAACCAACAGUUUUAAGUCCUUCCGUGUAGCGCAAAAAAGUUAUUUAUUCAUAGAGUGAGACUUAUUUUUCAUCUGUCUGUGAUAACUUACCAAAAAACAACCAUCGUUCUUAAACUGGUAAAACCAGAGAUCAGCAUAUAAACUCUGACUGGUUGUGUAACGCGCUGUUACAGUGUCCCGUCUGCAGCCCUCUGGUGGGCCACAAAAAUCAAUAAAUUUAAAAGUUGUCUUUCAUUUUCUACCUUGAUUCUCUUUUGAGCCUGAAGUCAUCUUAUAUGAAGCAGGUGUCAGAGGUAAUGCUGUCGGUGGAGAAUCAAACUUAAUAAAGAAGGAGAAACUCCAUCUUUGGUUUGUGUGAUUAUCAGAGUUUGGGUGGAUCAAUGGGAAUCACAGAACGAGCCGGAUUUAUUUUCUCACUAAUAAUACUUCAAAUCAAAUCAUUUGCUGUAAUUUUUGACUAUUCCGAUUAUAAAUCGUUAUUGUUCAUUCAGUCAAAUCUGAAUUUUACAGACUUUAACUUUCACUCUUCUGAUAUUUUCUUUUCCACUGCCAAAAUAAAAGUGCCUGGCAGGUAACAAUGAUUUCAAAUAUCUGUGAAACUUAUUGAUGCUCUCAAACCCUUGAUCACCUGUUUAUGUGCUAAUCUUCCUGCAGGACCUUUUUUUUUCUUUUGUUUUUUUUUCCCGUCUGAGGUGAAACUGAAGCGAUCAGCAGGUGGAAAAUGAUUCCAGUGUGUAUCCUGAGCCAGAUCCUUUUUUCAGUCGGGACAGGCUGCUUGUGAUUGCCUGGUGGUUUAUGGCAAGUGUUGAAAGUUUGUGUCAGGUGACCAUCUCCUCUUCCUCGUAGGAUGAUUUUGCUGGCUCUGCUGCUUGUAGUGGCCGUGAAGAUGCUGUUGUUUAGGCACGAUGGCGUUGUUCAUGGCGUUGUUGAAGCUGCCUCGCUAACAGACUGUAGACUGAACACUGUACCUGCGGGGGAGACUCUGCCUCUGUAACUCUGCUUUUUAUUUUGUUCUGUGUUUGUACUAAUGGUUGGCCCGGCCGUCGUCCCCACGUCCACGCUGAGUGGACCUGCUGACAGGAAGCUCCAGCUUUCAAUGGAAAUACUGUGAUGAUGGAGCCUGCUCUGUGUUUAUGUGUGUGCGGACACGUGGUCAACACUCAAUUUGAUUAAUAAAAACAUCAAAUGGAAACA